GGUCUGGUCUGGUCUAUGUCUCUCUGGUGGUGAGGUGCCGCCAAGCAGGUGGUCCUUCUAGGAACCAGCUGCAACGUUGACAGGCGUAUGUGGCCCUGCUAUCCGGAAGGUUCCUUCCAUGAGUGACAGGCACCCUCUGUGAUCUCACUCCCCUACAAGGACAGAUGCAGGCUGUGGCAUUGGACACCCGGGCGGCCCACCUCUCACCGCCCCUUUCUACGCUUCCCCCGUAUACUGAAGAGAGCGAUCUUUCUGGAACCUUCUGAAUGGAUGUCUCGAGAAAAGCAUGCCCGAGGUAUAAAAAGAGAGAAGCCGGCCGGCAUCUUUGCAGAAGGAGUGAGAGAACAUCUACCAGAACACCAAGGACUAUUCCCAGCAGAGCUAUUAUACUGAGGCUUUUCUGAAGUGAUCCAUUCCAAGUGAAAAGAUGCCAGAGGCCAAGAACGUCAUGGCAGAGGAGGUGGAGACCUUUGCCUUCCAGGCAGAGAUUGCCCAGCUGAUGUCCCUGAUCAUCAACACUUUCUACUCAAACAAAGAAAUCUUCCUCAGGGAACUCAUCUCCAACUCCUCAGACGCCUUGGACAAGAUUAGAUACGAAAGCUUGACAGACCCCAGCAAACUUGAAUCAUGCAAGGAGCUGAAAAUUGACAUCACCCCUGAUCUGCAUGCAAAGACCCUUACACUCACAGACACUGGCAUCGGCAUGACCAAGGCCGACCUCAUCAAUAACCUGGGCACCAUCGCCAAGUCUGGCACCAAGGCCUUUAUGGAGGCUCUGCAGGCUGGAGCUGACAUCUCCAUGAUCGGACAGUUUGGUGUCGGUUUCUACUCCGCCUACCUGGUGUCAGAGAGGGUGACGGUCAUCACCAAGCACAACGAUGAUGAGCAGUACAUCUGGGAGUCUGCUGCUGGGGGCUCUUUCACUGUCAAAGUUGAUACCGGUGACUCCAUUGGUCGUGGCACCAAAGUCAUUCUUCACCUGAAAGAUGACCAGACAGAAUACACUGAGGAGAAACGCGUCAAGGAGACUGUGAAGAAGCACUCCCAGUUCAUUGGCUACCCCAUCACACUUUAUGUUGAGAAACAAAGAGAGAAGGAAGUUGACCUAGAAGAAGGUGAGAAGAUCGAAGAGGUGGACACAGCAGAGGAGAAAGACAAGCCUCAGAUUGAGGAUUUGGGAGCUGAUGAGGACGAGGACACCAAGGACAGCAAAAACAAGAGGAAGAAGAAGGUGAAGGAAAAGUACAUUGACAUCCAGGAGCUGAACAAGACCAAACCACUCUGGACCCGUAACCCUGACGACAUCACCACCGAGGAGUAUGGAGAGUUUUACAAGAGUCUGACCAAUGACUGGGAGGACCACCUGGCUGUCAAGCACUUCUCAGUGGAAGGACAGCUGGAGUUCAGGGCUCUGUUGUUUGUGCCCAAAAGAGCUUCCUUUGACCUCUUUGAGAACAAGAAGAAGAGGAACAACAUUAAGCUGUACGUGCGCAGAGUCUUCAUCAUGGACAACUGCGAAGAGCUGAUUCCAGAGUAUCUGAACUUCAUCAAGGGUGUGGUGGACUCUGAGGAUUUGCCCCUGAACAUCUCCAGAGAGAUGCUGCAGCAGAGCAAGAUCCUGAAGGUCAUCCGCAAGAAUCUGGUCAAGAAGUGCAUGGACCUCUUCACCGAACUGUCCGAGGACAAGGACAACUACAAAAAGUACUACGAGCAGUUCUCCAAGAACAUCAAGCUGGGCAUCCACGAGGACGCUCAGAACAGGAAGAAGCUGUCUGACCUGCUGCGCUACUUCACGUCCAACUCGGGUGAUGAUGUGGUGUCUCUGAAGGAUUACGUGUCCCGUAUGAAGGAAAACCAGAAGCACAUUUACUACAUCACUGGUGAGACAAAGGAACAGGUGGCCAACUCUGCCUUUGUGGAGCGCCUCCGCAAAGCUGGCCUGGAGGUGAUCUACAUGAUUGAGCCCAUUGAUGAGUACUGUGUCCAGCAGCUGAAGGAGUACGAUGGCAAGAACCUUGUGUCUGUGACCAAGGAGGGCCUGGAGCUGCCUGAGGAUGAGGAUGAUAAGAAGAAUCAGGAAGAGCUGAAGAUCAAAUUUGAGAACCUGUGCAAGAUCAUGAAAGACAUCCUGGACAAAAAAAUUGAGAAGGUAACGGUGUCCAACCGUUUGGUGGGUUCCCCCUGCUGCAUUGUGACCAGCACGUACGGCUGGACGGCCAACAUGGAGAGGAUCAUGAAGUCUCAAGCCCUGAGGGACAACUCCACCAUGGGCUACAUGACGGCCAAGAAGCACCUGGAGAUCAACCCCACGCACCCCAUCGUCGAGACCCUUAGGGUAAAAGCAGAGGCUGACAAGAACGACAAAGCAGUGAAGGACCUGGUGAUCCUGCUGUUCGAGACCGCCCUGCUCUCCUCUGGGUUCACGCUAGAAGACCCACAGACACACGCCAAUCGCAUCUACAGGAUGAUCAAGCUUGGCCUUGGUAUCGAUGAUGAUGAUGCCAUCGAUGACCUUCCCCAGCCCAGCGAGGAAGACAUGCCUGUUCUGGAGGGUGACGAGGAGGAUACCUCCAGAAUGGAGGAAGUUGAUUAAGACAAUUGUAAAUGGCCAAUGCGUUUAUUUUAUUUUAUGUUAUUUUAUGUAAGUUUAAUAUUUGCUUUGGCAACACAUUGUAUGUUUCACAAGACUGUCCUUGUGUAAUAUUUGUCCAAAUAGAAUUUAGAUAGCCACUCAUCAUUAAGACAUCAUCCAAAACAUGAUUUUUUUUUUUUAAUGUCAUGUCUUAUAUUUCUUUUUUUAUCAAAGUACUGAGAUUUAUAAUAAAAUAUAUUUAACUCGUGUAAUGUAUGUAUUUUUACUGACCAUUUUCUCAAGUAGAUGUUCUGCAUUGUAUAUCCUAUACGGAUUUUCUUGCACGUGCGCUAUCACGGCCACUUCUGUUCAUUGCUUCGUCAACAUUGUGACACAUUGAUUUAACCAGAAUAUUCUUCUGAGAACCGUGUGGGUGCAUAGAGUUUAUGGAGGCGGUGCCCAAACUAUGUCAAGACACACCCCUUAGAAAAUCCUUAACUGCUGUUAGAUAGGAAAAGGGCGUGGGGUGGUUGCGUGAUUGACAAGGAUUUCUUCUCUCUUUGGUGACGCCCUGCCGGUAGGGAUGAAUUGAGAAGAUUCCAGACGGUUCUGGAAGCUGAGUUUCUCGAACACUCUGAGGGGCGGUAUAAAACCGGCCAUAUGACAUUCUCAUCAUUGUUGAUAGCGAAGGUUAGCAACCUUACCUCGGCUUGGCAAGACGGCUGCAGAGGGUGACGAAAGCAAUUUGAAAGAAUAAGUUGUUCUUUGGUGGUGGUUUAAGGGA